AUGCAGAAUGGUAAUAAUAAUAAUAAUGAUACUCAAAUAGUGUUGUUCAAAAUAAUUCAAAAUACCCACAAUAGUUUUUAUGUCAUCACACUGAAUAAGAAGGGAAAUCUACUUAUGGGAGGUGAUUUUGACGGGAAUAUGUUCUUAUACAAUAAUUUAAGUUUGAUCAAGAGUUAUAAAUAUCACAAAAAAUUCAUAAUCACUCUAAAAUUUUCAAGUUCUGGGAAAUACUUGGCUAGUGGUUCAGCUGAUUGCAAUAUUGGGCGGAUUGAGUUUGAUGGGAUCUAGUAAGUGCAAUUUAGAUUAUUAUGUCAUCAUUCGGCGUAUGUGAUGAAGGUUGAUUUCAGUCCCAAUGAAAAUUACUUAAUCAGUGCAGGUUCGGACAAAUAGCUUUUGGUUUUUAAUUCGCAAACUUGUGAGUUGCUGUGGAAGUACUUCUUCCCGUACGGAUUAAACUUUGUAUAGUUUAUAAAUGAUACCAAACUCUUCAUUUACGGGACAUUCGGACCCAUAAACCUCACCAAUUUUCCAGAGAUAAUGAAGAAUGAAAAAAUGAAGACCCUUCAGUAUCAGAUCAAACAAGUGUCGGUGAUAAACAGUCUCUCUAAUUCUCAACUCUUCUUAAUCAAUGGGCAAAUACGAUCGAAGUCUUACCUUGUCAAUCAGAUCAAUUUCAAGAUCCUCAGAAGAUUCAUAACCAAGAACCAAUGUGACGUUAUGCAUCUCUACUUGACAAGUUCUAAGGCCAUUCUCACAACAAGUGAUAAAAUAGAAAUCAUAGAUUGGACGACAGCCAGAUUAUUGCACAUAUUGGAUUCUAGCACCAGUAUAGGUACCUCGAUAGCGUCUGAAGAUGGAGUGUAUCUAUAUGCUGUAAGUAGAAAUAACAUUAAAAUUUGGGUUUUAAAAAAUUGA